AUGGGCAAGGCCGCAACUGAAUGUGGCAAAGUUGCAUACAGGGGUCAGGCCAAAGAGGAGAAAGAGGAGUCUUUCAUGGGAAGUGGUUAUUCGGUUCCAGCUGAAGCAGUCACGUUGACAAAGGAAGGAAAAAGGUACCUUGUUUGUACCAAAGUGGUAUCAGAGCUCAAGGAUGGAUCAGCGGGUGAAGCAAUUGGAAAAAGCAAUGCAGGGACCCCAAUAGCUGAUGAAGUAUCUUUGGCAUCAUUUCACCUUGAAGGCGAUGCUCAGUUGUGGUUCCAACUGCUGAAACAGGAAUCAUCCUCCAUAACUUGGGACGAUUUUAACGAAGCACUCCAUUCUCGUUACGGCCCUAGCCAUUUCUGUUAUUUCUUCGGUGAACUCCACAAACUACAACAAACUGGCUCAGUGCGGGAUUACCAAAACCAGUUUGAACAACUUCUAUUCAAAGUUGGGUUUCUAUCACAAGCUCGACCGGUCAGUUGUUUCAUCAGUGGGCUGCACAAAUCCAUCAGAACCGAUGUACAGGCUAAACAACCCACAUCUCUAUCAGCUGCAAUCAGGGUGGCUAGAUUGAAUGAGGCAAGGAACUUGUCCAAGCGAAGGGCAAACUCACCAGCUCCGAGGCAUGGAUCUCAGACUGAUCAACUGCCCAACCGUUCACCUGCGAUACCAGUAAAGAGAUUGUCCCCGGCAGAGUUGCAGGAACGUAGAAACAAAGGGCUUUGUUACAAUUGUAGCAAAAAAUUCAGCCUGAGAUAUCGUUGCAAAAAGUUGUUUGUUAUCGAAGCUUGCUUGGACGAAGCUGAAGGAGACGUUGUCAUGGAAGAGGAAUUAGCCGAAGACCUUAUGGCAGAAAGACCAAAGAUAUCUCUUCAUGCCAUCUCCGAAACCCAUGCACCUGAAACAAUGAAGGUUAAAGGCAAACUAAGACAAGCCAUAAUUACUAUCCUAGUUGAUUCUGGUAGUACUCACAAUUUUGUGAGUGAGAAAUUGGUUGAAAAGGUGGGAUUAAAACCAAUUUUUGGUGGUCAAUUUGAAGUAAUGGUGGCAUCUAGAGAAAGACUUGCUAUCCCAGUGGCUUCGUACACUGGGGCCAAGUUACAUAUGAAAUUUCACAUUGAAAGAAAAUAUGUGGCAUUGCAAAGCUUGUCCGUACCAGAUAACAAAGUGGUAAGCCAUUCUCAGAUGGAACGUUUGACUCGAAAGAAAAAAGAAGGAGCUUUAUUACAACUGUUUUCCUUGGGGGCUCGACAACUUCAGACUGCUAGCUCUCCCGUCUCUUCAGAUUUGCAGCAGCUUCUUGAUAAAUACAACGGAGUGUUCACUAAACCUAAGAGCCUACCACCUCCACGCAUCCAAGCUCACAAAAUUCCUCUACUGUCGGGACAAGGCCCAGGUUGUCUAAAACCAUAUCGGUAUCCACAUCAUCAAAAGGCCGAAAUUGAAAAAUUAGUAUCAGAGAUGCUAUCUUCGGAAGUGAUUCAUCCAAGCAAUAGUCCAUAUUCAUCACCCGUCAUCUUAGUAAAGAAACAUGACGGCUCGUGGCGAAUGUGUGUCAACUAUAGGGCUUUGAAUAAAAUUACAAUUAAGGAUAAAAUUCCCAUUCCAUUGAUUGAUGAACUUUUGGAUGAAUUGAAUGGCGCGCAAUAUUUUUCAAAGUUGGAUCUUCGCUCAAGUUAUCAGCAAAUUCAUGUGUUUCCAAAGGAUAUGGAGAAGACAACAUUCCGAACACAUCACAACCACUAUGAAUUCAUGGUAAUGCCCUUUGGUCUCACCAACGCACCUUCUAUUUUUCAAGCUCUCAUGAACAAGGCUAAAGAAGUAUUCCAACGACUCAAGAAAGCAAUGACAGGUGCACCAGUCUUAGCUCUUCCAGAUUUUUCAAAAAAAACCAUUAUUGAAUGUGAUGCUUCUAGUUCAGGGAUUGACGUCGUUUUGAUGCAAGAAAGACCCAUCACAUUCUUUAGUGAUGCCUUACAAGGAAAGCAACUCAUGUUUUCUACAUAUGAGAAAUAA